AUGAUGUUUUACCGUCAUUUCGCAGCCUUCGCUGCCAUUAUCACAUCUACUUCUGCUUCAUGUCUUUAUGGAACCAGUUUAGCACCACGUCAAGUCAACCUUGAUGGACAGGUCCCAGUGGCAACAUUCAACUAUACUGGCGAAGGUGGUCCCCUCCACUGGGUUGGCCUUAAUGCUACCGCCAACAGAGAGUGCGGGCAUGGCGCAACGCAGUCUCCCAUUGUUAUCAACACAAAGCUCAUUCCGCGGGUACCUAAGGGUUCGGUUACCAUGAGCAUCCCCAACGUUCCGAUGGCAGACUUUGAAAACCUAGGCUCUACCGUGGAGGUAAUUGUCGGAGGAAAACUCAAGGCUGCUGGGAAAGCCUAUGAGCUGGCACAAUUCCAUUUCCAUACCCCGAGCGAGCAUCGAAUCGACGAGGAAUAUUCCCCAAUGGAGGUUCACUUCGUGUUCCAAACUCCAGAUAAAUCGAUUGCUGUGAUUGCAUUCUUUGUGGAGCUAUCGCCGUAUGGACGUUCUACUCCACUUCUGAGUCAGGUGUUUGCGAACUUGCAUCAGAUUAAAACCCCUGGCACAAUUACAAAGACAAAGCGACUUGAUUUCUCCAAGGUCAUCGAUCAUCUUCAUGCCCAUGACAUCUACGCAUAUACCGGGUCACUCACGACGCCGCCAUGUAGUGAUAAGGUAGCCUGGUAUCUCAGUGCCGCGCCACUCACAAUCGAUGUAUCGUCUUUCAAUGCUCUCAAGAAGAUUGUCAAGUACAAUGCUCGCUACACUCAAAACUCACCCGGCCUAAAGAACCUGAUGGAAAUUGCAGCACAGGAUGUUGGAUGCACCAACAGGACACAGACCAUUAGAAGAAUGUCUUAA